AUGGGAAACACUAAGUCGUAUAAUCAAGUCCCAACAUCAGGAAUCGAUCCGGAGGACUUAAAUGUUGACAAAUAUGAGCCGACGGAAAAAUCUGAAGAUAAUGAUGAUCAUCUAAUGUUUGUAUUUCACACAACAGAUGGUGACUCAACUGAACGCGUUGUCCACGAUGAAGUUCUACCUGAAAACCAAAAGUUUUUCACCUACACUGUUACAGCCAAUGGAAAGCUGUUUGCUGAGCGCGAUAGAAACAUACAACCAAUUGAAAUAGAUGAUCUGUUAAAGCAUUUGCGACCUGGUGAUGCUGUGGAGUUCGUAAGAGAUGAUUUAACUUUUCAUUGGGCCAUGUUUGUUGGAAAUAGAAUGUUUGUUCAUCUUGAGAACGAACAGGUAGUAUCACACUGUGUGGAUGAUAUUAAAGGUGGUCGACGGGCAAGGAUGGUAAACAACAUCUACAAAGCACGCUGCCUUCCUUCUGUGCAAUGCAUACACAAUGCUAAAGCACAGAUUGGAAGAAAGGACAGUAUUUGGAAGAACAGCGAGUGUUUUGUGAUGUGGUGUCGGACAAACCAGUCAGAAUUCGCAGUGGAUGAUAUGAGAGUGAAAGACCUCGAUGCCACCCCCUCGAAGAACCUUCCCAAGAUUUAUGUUCUUGAGAUAUAUGACAGUGAUGAGGUGGCAGAGGUAAAGAAGUUUUCUUCCAUUUCCGAACUGACAGAUUUCCGACAAAAUUUUGAGAAAAUGGAAGGAAGAUGA